AAAAAGUGAAUGCGGAAUACAGAUCCUUUUGUUUAGAAAUAUUUCAAGUAUUUCUCCAAAUUGAACGCAAGUUUAGAUAAGUACCACAUGGCUGAGACGGACCAACCACAAAUAUGAUCAAUAAGUGGCUUAUGCWCUAAAYGAAAGCUGGAAUGAUGAUUGAUCCYGAACGUUUGGACGAAGAAGAACUAAUAGUAUCUGAAUUAACAGAGAAGGACAAGCAAAUAGUUGCGAAAUUUAAUCGUCAGAUAUCCAAUCAUUCAGUCCUGAGCAUUCGAAGUAACGAUGCACUUGAUGAAGACCGACAAAGCCGCGAMGAAARCGAAGAAAUCACUGAGGAAGAUGCUCGUCGUCUUCAACAAGUCAUUAAUGUUUUUCAGAAUUACAAAAAGGUUAAAGCUUUAAAUUACGAAGAUGAUAUUGAUGGGAGAAAAUACAAAAGAUUGUCGUCCGACCAAAGCUUUGAAUUCCUUCUCACUUCGAGUUCUGAUAGUCGAUACGUAAGCCCUGGCCGKUUCCACGUGCUUCUGACUGAAGAAUCCAAGAAUAUCGUUAAAGAAAUGAACACUUUGAUUCAAAGAGGUGCACGAAGAACUCAAUCAACUGAAUGCUUGGUUGAAAAAAAGGAAAACUAUCAGCUUGGAAGUUCAUAUGCAAAUCAGGGAAAUCAUUCGAGUGUUCAUAAUGGUUUCAUUAAUAACAGACUUCAAAUGCUCAGUCCUGAGAGUAUAAAUCUUCAUUUUGACAAUCAAAGGCAAUUUCCUUAUAAUCAUCCGAACAUUAACAACAGCGGCGAAGGAAAAAUCCCUUGGAACAACAUAACAACGAAUGGUCACGCAAUCUAUGAGGGCAUUAGUCACGCAAAUGGUCAYRCUGCAUGGAAUGUCCGUCCUAAAGAAAGAUUCCGUUGGGCCGUAAAGAAGAUAAUACGCGAAGAGAGGGAAAGGAAGAAAGAAAAACGCGAGAAAAAGAGGAAAGAUUAUUUACAGAAACUUUGGAAAAGGCGAGGSGAUGUYGGAUGGUUUGGUCUUUUUCUAACUCUAGUUGGUCCAUGUGCUUUUCUUGCUGACAGCGCAACGGAUCUAAAAGUUGCGAGUGACCAUUUUUCCACCGGCCACCCCUGGUGGGGUACAUUUACAGUCAUGCUCGUYAUAUUUCCAGCCAUCUUAAUGAACAUUGUGUCCUAUUGUUUCUACAARGACGACGAACUGCAGGCUAAAAGAAAACCWGAGAGUGGAUGGAGAGCUGUUAAGAUCACUCACUGUUUACAGCUAGGCCUGCUUGAAAGGUAUUGGCGCAUCUUCAUCAAAGGCUACCAAAUCAAGUUCAAAAGACUUCAAGAUGUUACUCAAUAUCAGCUCUACAUCGCCAUGAACCUCGACACUGCCAUGCUUCAAAUGAUACUUGCCUUCACUGAAGAUGCACCYCAACUAGUUUUACAACUUUAUGUCCUUAUCCGUCGAAAACUUGUGGAAAAAUUGAUCUCAACAAGUCUGCAAGACAUGUGGACAAUGGCUUCAAUUUGCUUCUCAUUUAUAUCUUAUUCCCGUGCUUUAGUAAACUACAUUAGCUGUUUGAGGGAUUCCAAAGCAGACAAAGGACAAUUAAGAUGGUAUGGUUAUAUAGCAAUGUGGUUUUGGCGUGCAUUUAUGUUCAUUUCCAGAAUAUUAGUACUUGUCUUCUUUGCAACUGAAUUCAAACUUUGGUUCUUCUUUGUUUUGUUUCUCCACUUUAUAACUAUUUUGGCCAUYACUUGGAAACACAAAGUAAACUUCUUCUCCGCUCAAAAGGGUCUCCAAGUGUUGAUACGCAUCACCAUCGCUUACAUCCAUACAUUUUGCUACUUUAUACUUGAGGCACGUAAAACAGUUAGAUGGGCUGUCAAAUACUAUCUUUUGAUUGCCAUUGAGGCUGUAGUCUUUUCUACCCUGUGGUUCACCAACAAUACCCGUUAUGUUUCAUUGAAAUUUGAGCUUGCUGGCAUGUCUCUUAUCUUUCUUUCAUUUGGACUGGGCCUGUUAAUGAUGGUCAUGUACUAUAAGUUUCUGCAUCCAAAGUUCAAACGACCACAAACUAAAUGGUACAAAAAAAGCAUUCCAAAGGAGGAACUUUGUGAGAAUUUGGAGAACGAGAAUGAAGAUGAUAGAGAGGAAAAUGAAGGUGAUAUCGAGCAUGGAAUUCAUCUUCCAGUUAACAGAGCUGCAAGUAUGAUAAAGCAAGUUGGAGUGUGGGUUUGAGUACGGCCCAACAGGCAACAUGAGGACUUUCAGUAUUUAUUAUCACAGACUACAUGUAGCUGAGAAAUUACAUAAGCCGCAAUUAAAAGUUAGAGUCAAAGUUGUCUUUGAAAGUCGAGUUCUUUGCGUUUUUGUGGGGGAUUAAUUAGCGACACCAAAGACAAGUAAAUCACUUGCUUUCUCAGCGGGAAUUCUUGAAAAUAUAUGUCAUCAAUUAGGGUUUGCUGGAAAAGAAAACUGAUACUACACACAGGGCACGACAAAGUUUGUAAAACUGAUUUACCUACCAGCUAUUGAGAAAUAUUAGGCAUUGCUAAUUUAUAUAUUUCAACACAAUGAUUUUUAACUAAGCCUAUGGAAGAAUAAAAAACAAAAAAAAAUAUUUGCGAAUACAAACACAUUGAGAGCUGCAUGGCUUACAAUAACUCGGUGAUUACACAUUAUGACAUUACAUGAUGGACAAACAAUUUCGAUAAUUACUGUAAAAUGUUUAUCGUAUAUUUGGUCGCUUUAGAAAUCAUACAUAUUGCAUAUUAGCAGUACUAUUAUUUAGUAUGUUCAAACUAGUAGUAUUCCACAAGCGUAUCCAAGCUAUCAAAUUAAACUAUUCAAAAAAAAAAUGAUCCCUAGACUACAGCACGUACAGUUUGGUGUGCCGAUUAUAACACGUUUGCAGCACCUCUGCAGUAUCAAACUGUUCACUCUAAAUCUCGUUUGAGGCUUCUUAUGAUUAUUCCAGAUACCAGUACAUAAAUCAAUGCCAAUUGAAUCAAAAAUAGCUUACAUGUCCAAGUAAAGCACUAGAGAAAUUAUAAAACUACUCACAUCUUCACACUGCUGUCACCCUGUGUGGUGGAUGUUUGCAAAUUUCCUCUUUCCUCAGCUGCUAUUUAUUAGAGUGGUUUUCCGUCAAUCAUGAAAAGAAAUAGACCAACUAGUUAGUAGCAAUGAGUACUAGACUACUCAAUAUAACUUUUAGACAUAUAAACUAUAAACGAAUAGUUAACAAACAACAGUUUGAAUAAAUUAAAGGUUUAGUUUAAUUAGUUACUAUAACAAAAACGACCAUUAAAAUAAACAAAACUUGUUUUUGUUAUGAAUAUGUUUAUACCUAUCAAUCGGAUACAAGCUAGACUAUUAGUAUUGGUCWAUUACAAACUACWACUAACUAUAACACUUAUUGUGCUUUCAUGGUUGACGGAAAACCACUCUAGUAUUUAGUUUGAUUUUAUUUCAUGGGUUUCCUGCAUCUGCUCUAAUACACUUUAAAAUAAAAAAUUAAAAAAACCUUGUGGUUUAGUGAUAAUAAUACAUGUAUAUCUUGAUUAUAUGUAAUUAUUAUUAUUAUGAUGGCGUAAGUAAUGCCGAAACAUGUCAAAUAUACCACAUUUAAAAAUCGUAAUCGUCAUUUUAAAUAAUAAUUAUGUUAUACAAAUCAUAAAUCAGCAAUAUAAAUCAAACUUCAAAAUUUAAAAUCCAAGUUGAUUGACAAUCCAUAUAGUUGAUUAAGCCACUAGAUGUUACACACUACGCAUAAAAAUUACCAUCAUCAACUUGUCUGAAAGAGAGGAUAUUACAUGRGCAUGCAGGGAUACGCAUUUUAUCUUCAAGUGUUGAAAAGAUCUCCAAGCGACCAUGUAAUAUUCUGUUUUUCAUAACAUUACAUAUUAAAGCAAAUUUUGUCUUACUUCCACUUUAUAGAGAAACCUUGUUAUUUUCACUAUGGAGAAAUGGAGAAAUAUGUAAUAGGUAUUUCAAGAGAAAUGGAGAAAUAUAGGUAUUUCAUAGAUAGAGCGGAUUUCGUAUGAGUGGGACACCGUUA